AUACAACCGACAAAAACGAUUUCGGCGCUCGUCGCGGCACCAAAUGCACGUGCUAUAUAACAUUCUACAAAAAUCAGUGUACCUUCCGCGAAAUCACGUAUUCGUGUAAUAUUUGUUUUGUGGUGAUCUCUCCGCGUAUGAUAAGAUGUACAAAAUACUAUCGUCAUUCGUAGCGGCCGUCGCUAUCGGAUCCGGUUUGGUAAUCACAUAUGUUCUGUACAAUGUUCCCGAGCCUCCUGAACUGGACUUGCAGAGAUGGUGGGGCAUCGGCACCAGGCCCACAGAAGAAGACAAAUCAAUCAGACCAUUUAGUAUAGACUUUAAUGAUACGGUGAUCCUAGACCUAAAGGAGAGGUUAAAAAAUAGACGACCAUUUACAAAACCGCUCGAAGGAAUUAAUUCAGAAUACGGAAUGAAUACAGAAUAUUUAGAAACCGUUUUAGAAUAUUGGUUGAAUGAAUAUAAUUUUAAGAAGAGAGCUGAACUAUUAAACAAAUUUCCACACUACAAAACUAGAAUACAAGGGCUCGAUUUACAUUUUAUCAGAGUGAAACCCGAAAUCAAGGAAGGCGUGCAAGUUCUGCCGCUCUUGAUGAUGCACGGAUGGCCAAGCUCUUCCAAAGAGUUUGAUAAGGUCAUUCCAAUCUUAACAACACCUAAACACGAGUACAACAUAGUAUUCGAAGUAGUGGCGGUCGAUUUGCCUGGAUAUGGUUUUUCGGAGGGUACGAACAAACCAGGACUGAAUCCGGUUCAGAUAGGUGUUAUGAUGAGAAAUCUAAUGUUGAGACUGGGCUUCGAGAAGUUCUACAUACAAGCGGGCGACUGGGGCUCACAAUGCGCCACUCACAUGGCCACUUUAUUCCCCGACCAGGUGUUAGGGUUACAUACGAACAUGCCUUUAUCAUCAAGACCGUUGAGUACAGUAAAAUUGUUCAUCGGAGCUUUAUUCCCUAGUUUGAUUGUGGACGCUAAGUACAUGGACAGGAUUUAUCCACUGAAAAAUCUUUUUUCAUAUAUUCUAAGAGAAACUGGCUAUUUCCACAUACAAGCUACGAAGCCUGACACAAUUGGUGUAGCGUUGACCGAUUCCCCCGCGGGCCUGGCUGGCUACUUGAUCGAAAAGAUGGCAAUUUGCAGCAACAGAGACCAGCUUGAUACACCUCACGGUGGCCUGGAGAAUCUCAACUUGGACGAUGUGUUAGACACCGUCACUAUAAACUGGAUCAACAACUGCAUAGUGACGUCAACGCGCCUGUACGCCGAGGGCUUCUCAUGGCCCGAAGUUCUUAUAGUACAUAGAAUACCAUCAAUGGUGCCGACAGCUGGAAUCAAUUUCAAAUACGAAGUGCUGUACCAACCGGACUGGAUACUGCGAGACAAAUUCCCGAACCUGGUAAGGUCUACAGUUCUCGACUUUGGUGGUCACUUCGCCGCACUACACACGCCUCAAGCGCUUGCCGACGACAUAUUCGCUUCAGCCGUACAAUUUUUAAAGUUCCAUGAUAGAAAGAGAAACCAAAAAUCCAGCUGAUCUAUAUUUUAUAUUUUGUUCGGCCGAAUUAACGUUCUUAUACCUGAGAAGAGUAUGUCGCUUAUUCGUUAACUUGAAUAACAAUGUUUUAACUAUUCAGUGUUUUACAUCAAUAAAUUUUAAAGCAUUCCAUCAAACGUAGAAAAUGACGAAAGACUCAAUUGUUAAAUCGUUGAUAUUCAAUGAUUUGAAUAAGUUAUGUUUAUGUUAUGAAGCCCGUGUAUUUUUUAAUGAAAGAAAAUAAAUGUCCAACGUUUUCGGUUAAAGUAGAUGCAAGUUAGUUUAAUGUAAGAAGCACAGAGAAAAAUUAAUAAUUAUAUCAAACACUUACUUACGUAAACCUAGCGUGCAUCCACUUUACGCAUACUUUUAUAGCAAAAAUUACCAUAAGAACUGGGACUGGACCAUAGAUUAUGUGUUAAUUUUUAUUCUUGUCGAUGAAUUAAUGAAAAAGAUAAAUAAUAAAAUACAUUUAUAAUGCUAAAAAAAUAUUUAUCUGAACGACUUGAACAAUUAAUGUAGUGUAGAUUUAGGUAAUAUGAUUUAAAGAGCGUUUAGAGGCCGUAGUUGUAGAUUAAUAUCAAGACGUACCUACAGUGAACAAUGAGACUUAUGUAAUUUUAUGUGUAACUUGUAACAUUGUUAUUUUAUGUAGUAUUAUUGAGACUGGUUGAAGUUUAGGUCUUUUUUAUACCACUGAAACUACUUAAUUGAACUAAUAAAUGAUUCAUAGUAUUUAAAUGUAAGAUUGUAACAUGAGGUAUCAUUUCAACUUGGAUUGAAUCAUGAUGGACGUUUCUAGUAUUUAAUUCAUUAGUUGUGUAGUUUUCUGGUUAAAAACAACUCUAUUUUUCAGCAGGCGAAAUAUUUUAUAAUUGAAGAUGACAAAUUUGUUAAGUUAAUCUACUACUUACAAGUCAGUAACCUAUUUGUCUAUUGGAAAUCCAUUGCGCCUGCAGGCUGGAUAACUACAUUACUACACAUGUUCUUAUUAUGAUAUGAUAGCAGGUUACUAGGUAUUUACUUACAUUGACGAUAAGUAAGCUGAAUGAUGCUUACUUGUAUAAAAUAAUAGCGUAAUUUUAAAUUAAAUAUACCUCAACGAGAACCUAUUCAUGUGAGAACAAAACAGGCGGAACGUAAAAAAAUAAAACAUAAUUAGCAACACCCUGUAUUGUUCUCUUGUGAGAAGGGUCUGCGCAAGAUAUGACGAAAUAAAACAAGUUAAAUACU